AUGAACAAAUCUGCAGGCCAAGGGCUGAGGGAUGAUGGCGGCACGCAGAUCCCAUCCUUCGUCACCAGUAUACCCAACGGGUCUGAGACUGGAGUAUUCCUCGUCGUCGAUCUCGGGGGCACCAACUGUCGAAUAUCCGCUGUCCAGCUUCACGGCAAUUCGACCUACACCAUGAAGCAAUCCAAGAAUGCGGUUCCGCGGCAUUGCAUGGUUAAUCCCAGACAUGAGCCUCUGUUCGACUUCAUCGCACAACAACUCGCCUCCUUUCUCCAUGACAAUCCCGAGAUGGCCGCAAUGGAUCAUGUCGACUCAUCCUCCCCGGUCUCCGCGGGCUUUCGUAAGCUCGGGUUCACCUUUAGCUUCACGUACGACAGCCACUCCGUUAGUCGCGGCACGAUGCUUCAAUGGGACAAGGGCUGGGACAUUCUCGACGCGAUAGGAAGAGAUCCUUGCCGCAUGCUCCAGGACGCUAUCGACCGGCAGAAGCUGCGAGUCCGCGUAACCGCGCUCACAAACGACAGCGUAGGCACGUUGAUGGCCAAGGCAUACACAUCAGCCCAGGCAUCGACCCCCUUGAUCGGUGCCAUCUUCGGCACCGGGACGAAUGCCGCGUACGUCGAGCAGCUCGCGAGGAUCGAGAAGCUGCCGCGGCGGAGCGAAUCGCUCAAGGGUGACGAUUCCGUCAUGGUCAUCAACACCGAGUGGGGAGCUUGGUUUGACACGACACCUGCGGCGUUGCCGGGGUGCAUGUACGAUGACAUCCUGGAUCGGGAGAGCCCGACUCCGGGAGAGCAGCUGUUCGAGAAGAGAACGUCCGGGCUGUAUCUCGGCGAGCUGAUGCGGCUUGCCACCCUGGACCUGGUGGCCGCGAAGCGGCUGCGGAUGACCGUCAGGGCCGACUCCCCCCUGCACACGCCAUAUCGCGUCAACGCGUCGUUUCUGUCUGCUCUCGCCUCGGGUCCGGACAGCGCCCAUUCGACGGAAUGGCCGAAUAUUAAGGCUGAAAUCUCCGAGAUCUUGGACGUCGUCAACCUGAGCAGAAAGGAUGCCCAGAUCCUCCUACGCCUGAGCUUCACCAUCGUUCGGCGGGCUGCCCAGCUUGCGGGGGCCAGCAUGGCGGCAAUCAUCAUCCACUCCGGGAGGCUCACCACGGUCCUACCAGCGUCUGAACCAAGAUCCAAGUGUUUCUUGAGGUGGAAGCUGUGGCGUAGUUGGCUCACGCAGGUGCGCACUGCGUGCUUGUCGGGCCGGCACGAGGAUGAUGAAGCGGCCACACUUUUCUCCAACACAACGCUGGGCCCGCCCACGGACUGCAUCGACAUCGGCAUUGAUGGAUCCUUGUUUGAGCAUUAUCCGGGAUUUGAAGAAAAUAUCCGAAGCGCGCUCCGGGCCCUGCCGCAGAUUGGCUCGGAAGGCGAGGCGAGGGUUAGGAUAGGACUGGCUAAGGAGGGGUCCAGCCUGGGAGCGGCGCUCAUCGCGCAGUCGGUACAAUGA